AUGGUUACUUGCGGCAAGGAAGCGACCGCGCUAUCCUUUGCCCCGUCUCCUCCCCUCAGUGCGAGCCCAAAUGGCGGCGCGUCUGAUCGCGACCUCGACGACACUCAGAAAGGACACGGUCCGCAACGAUCACGAUCAGAUUCACCUCCUGCCUCGAUUACCUCGUCACUCGCAGACGCCCAGCCGCACGCGCGAUCCGUCACCUCCAGCUUCACAUCAGACCUUCAGCACGAGCCCGCGAGGCCACUGCGAGCUCUCGCUCUUGGCAGCCACGGUGGUCAGCAAGAGGAGGAACGAAUACAAUCACGCGACGAUCUGGAGAGAGCGUUCUCUCUGAUCCAAGCGUCUCAGCGUGGAUUGCUAUCAGACAGUUCUGAGUCUCUUGAUCGCGUUGCUCUUCAGAUCUCUCCAAGUCGAUAUUUGGAGCUGCGCCAACGGCUGGAAGACCACGGUCUGCUCGAGUACUUUGAUCACGGUGCAUUGCGAUACGAUUGGAAUCCUGAUCGCGGGACUCUUGUCCUCCGGCUGAUGGCCAGUCAUCUGCAUGAGCGCAUGAAGCUGUGCAUCUCCGACGAGAUCAAGACGAGGCUGCGUGAUCUAGCUGCGAGAGAAGGAGAGCUUGCGCGCCAUGCCUCACAUAUUAUUGCCUGCGGUCAUGCAUGGGUACAACUGCAAGGAAACAAGGGCCAAGGCAAGCGAUCUCCAGACGGCCAGUUCUUAUACAUACAAUCAGCCGCACCGCCCGCACUGCGACAGACUACAACGCCACAACUUGUGACAGAAGUUGGCUACAACCAGAAGGCUGAGGACCUGAAACAAUGUGCAAAGGACUACUACGAAUGCAGUGAUGGGAAAAUCAAGACAGUUCUUACCAUCGACCUGCCCUAUGCCGACGCCGCGGACCGCACUGCAGCGUUUUGUCUCUAUCGUGGCCCAAAUCGCAUCUUCAAGAAUGAAGCGUUCCGCGAUGCUCAGGGCCGUACUACCGACUGCACAUUGCCACUGCUCUUGUCCGAUUUCAUUCCAAACAAUGUCCUCAGGCGACUCAGUCCCCAGGUUCGCGCCCAGGUCAAACAGAGCAACCUUGACUUACCAGCACGUCUGCUUUGCGAAUUUUUGGAGGAUAGCGAGCGCCUGCAAGCACAAGUGGACGCUGAAAAGAAGGAGCGGGACGCGCGACCGCCCAAGAAGCGGAAGGCUAUGCAUGUGCAAUGGGAUUCAGACGUCGAAAAGGCUGAGGACGAGGACAAGACGCACAGCAGUGACCCUAGCAGCAGCAGUGGUUCUGACAGCAUGUAUGAUGAUGGGGGACACGCGCUGAGAUAGAGCCUCUUGAGAGACGACGGACGCGAUCUAUAUCACGCAGCAGAGCAGCGUCUACAUGAUGCACAUCAACCCAGUCAUCUUUAUUCUCC